CUCCGAAGUGUUAUCAGCUGUCAUUCAACAUAUGACAUUUGUCGAUAUAUUUACAAACAAAUAAUUGUUCAAAUUACGCGUUAAAAAGUUUGUCAGUGAAAAAUGUCUUCUGCGGAAGAUGAAAAUGACAACUACGAAGAAAUAGAGAACGGGCACAUAUCGUCCGAAUCGAAUUUCACCGAUGAAGAAGACACUUCAGAUGAGCCUAAUGAGAACAGUGAGGGUUAUUUUAACACGGACCUGCCUGUAGCGCACAGGUAUUUGGGCAAAUUAAACAACACAAGCAAAUACACAGUGUAUGAUGAUGGAGAAAUAUUGGAAAUAUUGGCAAUACACACCAAUACAUUGGUUUUUCCUGGUUUCACUCUACCUUUAAUCAUGAAUAAUCACUUUGAGAACACUGUCAUUCUCUCCUACAUACAAAAAAGCAAAUCAAUUGCCUUAAUUGCUGCAGAUGCUUACUAUAAGAAAAUCUACACUCAUGGUACCAUAUUGGAGAUUUUUGAGCACAAUACAAAAAAUGGGGUUUUAAAUUUGAAGGCCAGGGGUAGGCAAAGGUUCCGUUUGGUACCCGGCAGUGAAAUCAAGAAUUUGGCCGGUAGAUUGCAAAUGAUACAAGUGCAAGCUUUGGGGGAAAGACCGAUAAACUCGCCCCUCAUGGAUACACAGAUGUUGACUUUAAAGUCCAAAAGAGGUUACACAUCGCAGAAUUUUAGGUACUUUACUAAAUUGGAUAAAUAUCGAAGUUUUCACCUGGCCCAAUAUCCAUUUCCAAAGUAUGUGUAUGACAAUUACGAAAUUGCCAGACCUGUUGAGAUAGUUUUAAGCGCACUGUCUAAUUAUGAAUAUCUACCCAAAGAUCCAGUACAGUUGUCCUAUUGGUUCCCACAAAACUAUCAGCUGAAUCACGAGGAAAGACUGUAUUUCAUGAGUGCUGACUCCACAUUGGAAAGACUGAAAUUAGCUUGUAAACUGCUGAAAAGGUUGAGACACAUUUGUUGUAAAAAGUGUGGAGAAACAAUAAGUAAUCCUUCUAAAGUUUUCUCUAUGUCUAAAGAUGGCAUACAGAGUAACUAUGUUAACCCAGGUGGACAUGUUUAUGAAACUGUUACUGUUUCCGAGGCAGAACAUUUUUCGCUUAUAGGCUCUCCUUCAAAGCAGUUUUCAUGGUUUCCAGGAUACGCCUGGACCAUAAUGCAGUGCUCGCACUGCUGCGGCCAUUUGGGCUGGAAGUUCAGCAGCUCGCACCUGAAGCCGAAGGUGUUCUACGGGCUCGCGAACAACGGCUACAAGAUCGAGGUGGCCGAGCACCCGGACGACUUCGCGCACUUCGAGCACGAGGAACUUCACGGCGACCUCGGCGACGACUCGAUCACCUACACCGACGGCUUCUACUGGCGCCGGCACAACUACGUGUGA